AUGGCAUUCAUGAAGUUAUUGAGGGCAGCCACUUUGCGAUGUGGUGAUGAAAAAUUGAAUAAAAUCUUCGCUAUCACCACCAUCAUCGCCUUGUUGGGCGUCAGUGCCAAUGCAUUGAGCAAUACCUACUUGCCACCCAAGGCUUCGGCCUCUAACACGUACAGCACUUACGCUGCUCCCAGUUACUCCACAGGUGUCUCAUCGGGAAAUUUCGGUGGUAGCGCAGCGGCAUCACAUGCAGCGCCCGUUUACUCCGCUCCAGCUCCUGCGCCUCGUGCACAAGUGUUUGCCGCACCAGUAGCUGCUGCUUCCCACGCCGCGCCAGUCGCCGCUGCCUCGCAUGCUGCGCCAGUGUACUCAGCGCCCGCACCACGUCCUCAAGUGCAUGCUGCUCCUUCCGUUGGUUACUCGGGUGGUUUUGGUGGUAGCGCCGCUGCUUCUCACGCUGCACCAGUGUACUCAGCGCCCGCACCACGUCCUCAAGUGCAUGCUGCUCCUUCUGGUGGUUACUCGGGCGGUUUCGGUAGUAGCGCCGCUGCCUCGCAUGCUGCGCCAGUGUACUCAGCGCCCGCACCACGUCCUCAAGUACAUGCUGCUCCUUCCGCUGGUUACUCAGGCGGAUUCGGUGGUAGCGCCGCUGCCUCACAUGCUGCGCCAGUGUACUCAGCGCCUGCACCACGUCCUCAAGUGCAUGCUGCUCCUUCCGGUGGUUACUCUGGCGGCUUCGGUGGUAGCGCUGCUGCCUCUCAUGCUGCUCCUGUUUACUCAGCCCCAGCUCCACGUCCUCAAGUGCAUGCUGCUCCUUCCGGUGGUUACUCGGGCAGCUUCGGUAGCAGCGCUGCUGCCUCUCAUGCUGCUCCUGUUUACUCAGCCCCAGCUCCACGUCCACAAGUUCAACAUGCUCCAGUAGCUGCCGCUUCAUAUGCUGCUCCCGUCUAUUCAGCUCCCGCCCCUGCACCACGUCCACAAGUGUAUGCCGCUCCAGUUGCUGCGGCCUCUCAUGCUGCUCCCGUCUACUCAGCUCCGGCUCCACGUCCAGUUGCUCCUGCACCUUCCUAUGCAGCCUCUGCUCCUGCAGCUCAAUUUGCUGCUCCUUCGAAUAUUCAAGAAAUCGUUGCAGCUGGUUCAUCCAACUAUGGCACUAAAUAUGCCGACAAUGGUGGUUAUGAAUAUCGUUACAGACACAGAAACUAAGCGCUUGUAACUUCGGUACUAAUCACAGUAUUUUUUCUUAGUUGCUGAGCGACAUGAUUUCGUUCAGCGAACAAACGAUUACACGACAAAUAAAUGAAAGUGAU